AUGUAUGCCCUGACUGGACGUCAAAGCCUGGCACUUUUUUUUGCGAUUAUCCUUCUCUGUUGGGCAGACUGCAGCCCCUCUCUGCAGGAUGAUUUGGCUCCCCUUGAAGUAAAGUUCCAUUCUUUGGACUUCAGAAAUGUCUUACACUGGAAACAUCCACAAAAAGCUGUCAAGAACCUGACAUAUUUUGUUCAGUAUAAAAUAUAUGGAGACAAAGAGUGGACUAAUUCUGAGCACUGUCAAGGCAUCCGGUUGCUGGAGUGUGACUUGAGCCAGGCGACGUCAGAUCCCAGAGAAUGGUACUAUGCCAGGGUCCGUUCCUUCUCCUCUGAGGAAUUCUCAUCAUGGGUCCUUAGCCACAGGUUUUACCCUCAGUGGGAAACCAGUUUCAGCCCACCGCAGAUAAAGGUGACCAUGACAGGACGGAUCAUUUCAGUUCAGAUCAGACCUCCGAGGACACCUCUGCGAGGACAGAAAGGCUCUAGGAUACGAGUGACAAAACUGCAGAAACUGAAAUUUAGAAUAUACCUGAUGCACAAUGAUGUAGAAGAGGAAGUUUAUGAAACAGACAGUUGCUCCAAGGAGCUUGUGAUUGAGGGGCUACGUCCGAAAACCACCUACUGCCUUCAGGCUAUGUGCGUUACUCCUCGCUCAGGCCGCAAAAGCUUACGGAGUUCCAGCACCUGCAUCAGCACUCAUUGAGGGCUUAGUGUCUCCCACAGAGUGAGGCUGCUUCUGGACCUUUGUUCAACAUGAAAAUUACACACAUACACACUACAUAGUGGAAUGUCUGCAAUUCUUCACCAAGGUCAUGUUUACUAUAAAGCUGACUAUAAGCCUGGCUUUGCUUUAUGUUACAUUAAAGCUGAAGUGUGUAAUUUCUGCACCACUAGCACCAUCAGCAAAAAUAAUGACUGUUUACAUAGAGGUUUCCUGAACACUCUUAUCUUUCAUUGGGUGGACAAAGAGAUACCACUGGUUUGAGCCAACAGCAGCGGAAAGUGUUUUUUGUUUUUUUUCUCAGGAAAAUCAACUACUGGCUUACUUGAAGAUAUUUAGUAUUAAGUUAGGUUUUUUAAAUUAAAAUACAUGCACGCUUCAGCUUUAAGGCUAACGAAUGAUGAAAAUAAAAACAUGAACUAAUAGUCACGUUUAGGAUUGAGAACUGAACACCAAACAGAAGUAAUUAAAUAUUAUGAUACACAGUGUUGAAACGCAACAAAUAAAUGGUUGCAGCAUAUGACUGAAAGUAAAACUAAAUAAAUUAUAAAAGAAAUGCUUAAAUGUUGUAUAAAGUAUUUAUUGGUCACUUGUGUACAGUAAAAUAGUAGGAUUUGAUUUGAUCUUUGAGCCCUCCUGGAGCAAAUAACCAGUCCACAUCUGAACAGAACAGCUUUUAACAUAAAUUUAAACUGGUCACACAGGUAAAAACAGAGCUCAAUAGAGCAUACACUGUGCAGACACUAAAAAGCAAACCAGUAAAACAAUUAGCAGUGCAUGUGUACCAUGUAACAAUCUUUCAAAAUCAUUUCACAAUCCAAGACUUCAACUUUGGUGAAAACAUAAAUCAUCUGUUGCUUUCUCUAAAGGUUUUCUGUCAUUCACACAUCUGUGUCCUUCACGUUUGGGAAUCGGUCCAAAUAAAACUGCUUAAAAAAAAAAAGGCCUGUUCUCUGCAUUCUCCCAUAAUAAGAGAAAUGAUUGUGCUUAGACAAUAACACCAGAUGAAUUCUUCAAAAACAGGCAUCAUUUUAUUAUUACUUCAUCUAGUAAUGAUCAUUUCAAGACAAAAAGGAGGCACCACAAUGUCUCUCCAAGUCCUUUGUUCUUAUGAAUCCUAAUGUGCAGCUGCAUAUCUAAACUAACAGUAUACUCUGUUAGUGUCUUAAAACAAUAACAGCGUAAAUGUACUGAACAAUCAUCAUUACAUGACUCAAAAAUUCCAGUGCUACAAAACAUAUUUUGUUCUUCCUUCAAAACAUCACCACAUAAUGGCUGUUUUCUGAACAGGAGGCAGUGGGAAAACCUGUGAUUAUUUCUGAACAGACAAUACAUUUAUCCUGAAUGAUAUAAUUACAGUAAAUAAUUCUAGUCCCUACUAUAACAAGCUUUUCAAUACUGAGUUGUUUCUCAAACACGUCUUUUGCAACAAACUAAGAGUACAGUACUCUUCCAUUUGACACCCUACAAGCACAAAAUGUUUCAAUUUGUUCAAUUAAGCAUGUUCUGAAUCUCAAUCUCCACAUCUUGAAGAUACAGAAUAAUAUUUUAAGUGACACAGAGAGAGAACAUGGAAACGCAAGAUACUGAAGUCCACAGCAGACAAUGAACAAGCAAAUAAUUCAGUCUUUUACACAGGGUAAUGAUUAAGAAAACAGUUUGAAUAUAUAGAAUGACAGCUAAAAAAAGUUUAAAUCACUUACAUACAGUUCAAGCUGAAGUAUAUUUUAAGGAAAGGUACACCAAAUCUUGAUUUCACGUCAUAUAAUCAAUUAUCAUUUUAAACUUUUAGUGAACCUACAGCAGCGUAAAACUCAAAAACAAGCUACUCAGACGGUAACAGUUUUUAAGUAGCAUCCUGGUGCUUAACAAAUCUAUUAGUUAAAUUCAUUUUUCAGAGUUUGUAUAGACUGGAAUGAUUUGUGAAAUAAUAGCAAUAUUGAUAGACACUAACAAUAUAGCUAAUUCAUUUAUCACUAUUUGGCAGCAUAAUGAA